AUGGAAUCUACACUUCCCCUCGCCCAAGGAACUAUUUUUGCUCGUUCUCUGCGUGGAGUUGAGACCUGCUUUACCGUGGCCAUGGAGGAAGACUCCUAUGAGUCUAAUAUUGGCCAUGAAGAUUUUGAGCCCGAUACCCUCUUCAGCGAGAUUACCACCCUUGAAAAUGAGCUGUCCGAUGUAUUUAAAACUGGACUCACACCUCGCCAAGAAGCAGCAUUUGAGAACCAUGUUCUGCACUCCCUUGCAUGGAUGGUGUACGGCUCAAAUAUGAUCGAGAAAGCUGGUAGUAGCUCAGACAUUACUCUGAAACUCUGUCUUGCACUCUUCCGUGGCGAAGAAAUCCCCGAGGAGAUCGAAGAGCAAGACCAAGAGUACUCGUCUAUUAAAGAGAGUCUGAUCCGCCAAAACCUCCCUGUAGACACUUCGGCUGUCCUACGUAGUCGACAAGAGGUUGUGCAACAUGCUAAAGCUGCAGCCUUUAUGAUCGACCAGUUGUGCAUCCGUGACCAGGAUCUUAACGAACAGAUCAUCCUCAAAGCCCACCAGAUUCUGACCUAUAAAGUGGACGCUGAGACUACCCCCUGGAUGGAAUACAGUGGCAUCUAUCGAUCGGAUGAAGUGAGCGCGGGCCUACACGCAUUCCCUCAUCCUUGCCUGGUUCCAUACAAAAUGAAGUCUAUGUUCCACGAGCUUAAGUGCGAUUUGAAAGAAGCUACCAAAAAUGGGACAAUCGACCCCAUCGCCUUAGCUUCGAAGUAUACGCACAUUUUCGUGAACAUUCAUCCAUUUAUUGACGGCAAUGGCCGAAUGUGCCGUUUGAUUCUCAACGCGAUGCUACUGAAAUUUGGGGUUUUUAUUGCCUGUAUCGGGGUAGAUGAAGACGACCGUUCAACCUAUGGGGAAAUCGCCAUUAACGGAGGAGCUCUUGAAUAUCUGUAUGAGGAUGCGGAGGAAGACGAAAAGCCUAAGCUGCACAAAGAGCUGGCUAGUUACGUCUUGGCUCAUGUGAAGAAGAGUACGAUCGGGUUGAUUAGUGCCAUGGUUAAUGAAGUUUAG